CGCAUUCUUCGCCGCUGCCAGUGACUCGGCCGCCCGGCUCGUCCGCAUCCGUCCGAUCGAAACGAAAUGCGGAACGACAACUUCCGGAUUUCCAUCCACCGCGAUUCCAUACAAAUAGCAUAAACACAUUAAAAUGUCUUCAAGAACAAUAUUAAGCAGACCACGUACUCGCGUCUACGAUGCCAACUACAACAUCGGCGAAAGCUACUACAAAUCGGCCAUCGACCGUUUGGACAGAAAAUAUUCGGGCAGGCCACUGACACCGCCUCGCGAACGCGAACCCUCUAGUCUAGCCGCUGACAUUGCCGAACGUCACGCCGCCGCUUUCGCCGAUGAAGACAUCUCCGCCUCCAGAAGACGCGCCGACAAACUCAUCAACGAAGACAACAUCUUCGACUCGCGCAGCGGACGCAUCGGACGUCGACCCUUCGAUGAUGACAACGACGUAGAUGAUGAGACUUCAGUGGCACUAAGGAGGAUCAGGGCCAACAAAAAGGUGUCGAUAAUAGACGACUUGGAUCUAGAGAGUACCUCCAACAACUUGAAGACCUACCGCAUGCUGGAUAGGUCCGAGAAGAUCCUCAAUUCCGUAGGCAUUAACGAGAAUUCCAGACGUGCGUUGGACGAGGAAGUGUCAUUCAAACGUCGUUCACUGGCCGAAUCUAAGGAUAACGAAGUUGGAACUACGUUGGAGAAAUGGACUCCCAUCGCACCAGUUGUUGAGGAGAGAAACAGUGCCGCCGCCAUCAGGGCCAGACAGGCUAAGGAAAGACUGGCGGAUCUGGAAGACGAAAUGUCUGCCAUGAACGAGAAACAGGCGGCAAGGGAACGCAGAGUCGCCAGACUCAAGGCUUUGGUCGCCGAGACUGAAAUGGAUGAAGUUGCUGACGUGGCGGAAUCGUCGAUCAGCGUGAGGAAGGAAAGAAAGUCUGUUAGAUUUUAAUAGUUUAAUUAAAAAUUGGGUUUCAUAAUUAGUUGGAGUUUUUUGCAACUCGUAUUGUUACUUUUCAUACUAUUCGCAUUUCUAUGUAUUCUGCUUCAACCUAAUGUAUAUAUGUACUAUAAUCCUAAAUAAAUUUAUUUAGAUUGAA